AUGUUGAGACAAGCAUACAGGUUGGCAGGCAAGACAAACAGCAUUACAAGUAGCAGUGUUUUCAUUAGAAACAAGUCCUUUUUGCCUCACUUCAUUCCAAAGAAUUAUUCCUAUGGUGACUACCCAAGACUAAAACCAGAGAACCUACAGAAAAGAGAUCCAUACUUGAAAUAUGAUGACCAAGCCAAUAAGAGAAACUUUAACGAACCUUUACAUCCACAGCAAGACGAUCUAGACAUGUGGGCCCCUGACCAUUUUGAUUUCGUACAAGAUUCUAUUGCCUUGAAAUGGUUUGGAACUUUCUUCGGGGUAUUGGCAGUGUUCAGUAGUGUCAUUUAUAUUGGUGGGUUGUACCCCGAGAAGCCAGCUAACCCAAGAAAUUAUCCCUUCAGUGGACUUGCCAAAGACCUUGGUGCGUCGUCUGAAGAGGACACUCUGUUGUAUGCUGCCAAGAUUGACAAGAGCAUCUAA